AUGGCCAUGGAGGGGUUUUGCAUGAGACCAGGAACCUCUUUCGCGCUUUUUACUAGCUACUUCGUUAUUUGUUUUCUGUGGAGUCGCAAGGGAGGAAAAAUGAGGUGGAAAAAGCAAACAUAUUGGCAUUUCCUCCGGCGGUUCACUAAAUUUAUUCUGACAGCUCAACCCACCAGUCGACAAUCCCUUUGCGACUCAUACAUCAGCAGGGAGCAGAAACCAUCGCUGCCACAAAUCUUUUAUUUUAUUGACCAAGGGAAGACAAAAGCGAUGGCACAACCACCAACUGCCACCGCCGACACCGCCACGGCACCUCCGAAGAUGACGAAGCGCAAACGGGCAGUUGAAGAUGUGGCUGCUGAGGUGGUGGCAGAUGCGGUGCGCGAGAAGAAGCCGCGAACAUCGAGGAAGAGAGCAGUCACACCAGAAAACUCGGAGUCGAUAGAGAUAGUUUCAGCGGUGGUGACGAUGUCCGACCUCUGUCGUGACUUGCGCACCGGCAAAACCUCCAAGCGUGAAAUGGAGCUGAGAACAAUGGAUUGGGCUGAGAUUGCGAGAAAGAAGAAAGAGAGAGAGGAAAGAAAGAAAGGCGGUAGCAGGAGCCAGUCCGCCAAGGGGGAUGCCACAGAUACCCCGAAACCCGCCGAGAAAAAGAUGCGCCCGUCGGCCGAAGUUGCUGCUGGCCCACAGAUGAGAAUCGUCAACGGAGAGAUUGUUCUGGAUACGUCCUCGCUACAGAUCGAUCGCCAUGCAGACGCAGAUAGGAAUGCAGACGACAUGGAGGAAGUCGAGGAGAACCCGCUCACUCGGCGCAUAAACGCUGCCUCGUUUGGGAAACGGACCAAGCUCGAGACCUGGGACGAGGAAACAACGGAUUUAUUCUAUAAGGGGCUGCGGAUGUUUGGCACAGAUUUUAUGAUGAUUAGCAAGAUGUUUCCGGGCCGGACGAGGCGGCAUAUCAAGUUGAAAUUCUCCAACGAAGAGCGGCGCGAACCAGAACGGAUUAAGCGGACAUUGCUUGGGCCUAGAGAGCCAGUUGAUUUAGAUGCCUAUUCGGAGAUGACGAAUACAGUCUAUGACGAUCCUAGAGCUAUACAAAGAGAACUGGAUGAAGAGAAAAAGAGGAUUGAGAAUGAACAUGCGGAAGAACAGAUGGCGCGUGAAGAACAGCUUCGACACCCUGGUGGGAAAUCUGGUGACAAAGUAUUACCCAGCAUCGAGGGUGAAUCUAAUGAAGCUCGACGACGACGGGAAAAGAAGAAGGCUGAAAAGGCCAAAUUCGGAGGAGGAACAGAGGAGAUUCUCGGCUCCAUCGAUGAUUAA